GAUCGACCUCACCUCAGUCACCAGCUCCAUUCCCACCCUCUCUCGCGGCUAAUUGCACUCGAUUCACAAUUUUUUCUUCUUCGCCGCCUAGAUUCUCAAGGAUGUCCAUGGAAGCCGCCGCCGCUGCCACAUCCUCCUCACCAUCUCCGUCCUCCGCCAUCGAUUUUCUCACACUCUGCCACCGCCUCAAGACCACGAAGAGGACUGGUUGGGUAUAUAGAGGUGUGAAAGAUCCGGAAUCCAUAUCUGAUCACAUGUAUCGUAUGGGAGUGAUGGCUCUUAUAUCCACUGACCUUCCUGGCGUGGAUCGGGACAGGUGUGUAAAAAUGGCUAUAGUGCAUGAUAUUGCUGAAGCAAUUGUUGGAGACAUAACUCCUACUGAUGGGGUUUCAAAAAGCGAAAAGAGCCGCCGGGAGAGGGAAGCUAUAGAGGAGAUGUGCAAACUGCUAGGCGGAGGUCCACGAGCUAAGGAAAUAAAGGAUUUGUGGCUGGAGUAUGAAGACUGUUCUUCACUGGAAGCUAAAGUUGUUAAAGAUUUUGACAAGGUUGAGAUGAUACUUCAGGCUUUGGAAUAUGAAAUAGAGCAAGGGAAGGAUUUGGAUGAGUUUUUCCAGUCUACGGCAGGGAAAUUUCAAACUGAAGUGGGCAAAGCUUGGGCUGCGGAGAUUAUAUCAAGACGAACAAGCAAAAAAUAAGAAGUUCAAAGCAAUCACCUCUAAGUUGCAUUGGGUGGCAACAUAUUCUUCAUAGUCUUAGAGGUAAACAUCAAUGCCUCUGAUUCUCAUAUCUUUCCUCUACUUGGGAAAAUAGGACAGGUGAUAACAAAGAUUUGUGGAAAAUGUGCCUCUUUUUCCCUUCUUUAUGUGUACCUUGAUUUUUCUUGUAAUUUUUAUUUUGCUUUUACGCUGAUUUAAUUGAAUGAUACUUAUUAUGUUUAACUUGUUUUUACCUCUUUUUUCACAAAUGUGAAAACAUGGCUUCAUUUGUCUUUGAUUGGAUUUGCAUUAGUUUAAAUCAAUUGGUGUAAGUUAA